CAUAUUAGAACUCUCUUUCAAAAAUCUUUAAAAAAAAUAAAAAUAAAAAUAAAAAUAAAAAUAAAAAUAAAAAUCCAAUCUUUACUCCCAAAACUCAAUGGCCAAAGAUUGUAAUCCUAGUAUUCCCACGUCCCAUCUCCAUCCCCCCUCCCUCCCUCCACCAAUAAUGGAGAGAAAUGAAAUGAUGAAUCCCUCAAGAGAGAGAGAGAGAGGCUGAUUGUGGAGCUUCAGAGCUCACAUGCACCACAUUUUGGCUGCUUUUUGUGAGGUUUUGUAGUUGACCCUUUUCAUUCCUCUCAUGCCCUAGAUUGUGACUUUCUUGGUUCAUCUCCUGCUUCUUGCCUUGUCAAUCAAUUUCAUUCACCUUUAAUGUGACUUAUCUCUUCUAGUAGCACUUAUUUAUAUGGAUAUUUAAUUUCCACAUUUAUCUCAACUGUAAUUGGCUCAAGGCCUUUUCUUCCCCUUUUGAGCUUCUUCCUCUUUCUGCUUGCUUUAUGGCUCACAAGAUCAUGAAUUAUUGCCUUUUUUCGAUUCAUGAAUCAUGUUUUUUUAUGAAACUUACAAUGUAGGGCACUCCCAAUUCUUCAAUUCUUGUCAGAUCAUUUACCUCCAUUUCUAUCUGUAACUGUAAGUAAUCCCAACAUAUGCUAUAUUGUGUUUCUUGAAUUUUCCCUGUUUUGUUUUUUUUUGUGUUGUUUUGUUUCAGACCCUCUUUUUCCAGUGAUGGGAGGAAACAAGAUUUUGAAUUUGACAAUAAUGUUUUGCUGCUUAAUUGUUUCUGUCCAAUCAUUGAAUGAAGAGGGAAACAUUCUUCUAGAAUUCAAGAACUCCCUCACUGAUCCUUACCUCAAUCUCCAAAGCUGGAAUCCAUUAGAUUCCAACCCUUGCAAAUGGAAAGGCAUAGACUGUAUCUCAAACAAAACUGUUGUUGCUAUCAAUCUCAGUGGCUUCAACUUAUCUGGCAAUCUCUCCUCCUCCAUUAGCAAACUCCCACACCUAAACAUCUUCAACAUCUCCAAAAACCUCAUCUCUGGCCCAAUCCCUUCCAAUUUCAGCUCCUUCAAAGCCCUCCAAGUGUUAGACCUCUGCACGAAUCGCCUCCACUCCGAGUUCCCGUCUCACCUCUGCACCAUCACAUCCCUCACAAAGAUGUACCUCUGUGAGAACUAUCUCUUUGGAGGAAUCCCUCAUAACAUUGGAAACCUUCCCUCUCUCGAGGAGCUUGUGGUGUAUAGUAACAACCUAACCGGCGAGAUCCCUUCGUCGAUAGGCCUGUUGAAGAGGCUCAGGAUCAUCAGGGCUGGCAGGAAUCUCCUCUCUGGCCCUCUCCCUUUUGAGAUCAGUGAAUGUGAGAGUUUAAAUGUGUUAGGUUUAGCUGAGAAUAAGCUAGAAGGUCCUUUCCCUUCUCAGCUUCAAAGCCUCAAGUUUUUAGCCACUGUGAUUCUUUGGAACAAUCUGUUUAGUGGUGAGAUCCCUCCUGACAUAGGUAACUUCACUAGCUUGGAGUUGUUGGCGAUGAACGGGAACCAGUUGACGGGAGCCCUCCCACGAGAGAUCGGGAAGCUACCCGUGUUAAAAAGGUUGUACAUUUACACAAAUCAGUUGAAUGGGAGCAUCCCAGUUGAGCUAACCAACUGUUCAAAUGCCGUUGAGAUUGAUCUCUCUGAGAAUAAACUCACGGGGGUAAUCCCGAGAGAGUUUGCUCAGGUUUCCGGGCUUGAGCUCCUUUACCUCUUUGAGAAUCAUCUUGAGGGAGAGAUUCCCAUUGAGUUAGGGGAGUUGCACCAGCUGAAGAGGCUGGAUCUGUCCAUAAACAACUUAACUGGUUCAAUCCCGUUAGCGUUUCAAAACCUCAUUUUCCUAAAAGACAUUCAGCUCUUCAACAAUCAUCUCAGUGGUGUCAUCCCUCCACUUCUUGGAUACAAAUCCAACAUCUCAAUCAUUAACCUCUCCAAGAAUAACCUCAUAGGCAGCAUUCCUCCGCAUAUAUGUCGAUAUCAGAAGCUGAAUUUUUUCAGCCUCGGAUCGAACCGGUUGUCUGGAAACAUUCCCCAUGGCCUAAAAACUUGUAAAUCACUUGAUCAGCUUAUGUUAGGAGACAACUUACUCACUGGAAGCCUGUCUGUAGAGUAUACCAAGCUUCAGAACCUCUCAGCGCUCGAGCUUCACCAAAAUCGAUUCUCAGGGCUUAUCCCUCCGGAAAUUGGGAACUUUACAAGCAUAGAGAGGCUCCUGCUGUCACACAACCAUUUCAUUGGCCACAUUCCUCCUGAGAUAGGGAAUCUUGUGAAGCUUGCUGCAUUCAACGUCUCGUUCAACCGGUUGAUUGGUAGCAUCCCGGAAGAGUUGGGGAAUUGUGUAAAGCUAGAGAGGCUUGAUCUUAGCAGCAACUUGUUCACUGGCCCUGUUCCUGACAAACUCGGCUCACUAGUGAAGCUCGAAUUGCUCAAGCUAUCCGAUAACAGAUUGACAGGCUCGAUUCCCGGGAGCAUAGGUGGUUUAGUGAGGUUAACUGAGCUGCAAAUGGGAGGAAACUUGUUCUCAGGGAGCAUUCCUGUUGAGCUAAGCCAACUUACAGCUCUUCAGAUUGCUCUCAACAUGAGUCACAAUAAUCUCAGUGGCUUGAUCCCGAGCAGCCUCGGGAGCCUGCAGAUGCUCGAGAUUCUCUGCCUGAACGACAACGACCUCAGCGGUGAAAUCCCUACCUCAAUAGGGGGACUGAGGAGCCUCAACCAAUGCAACCUCUCUAACAACCGUCUGUCCGGAGUGGUGCCUAACACGCCGACUUUCCAGAAGAUGGAUACUAGUAACUUCGUUGGAAACAACGGACUGUGCGUGGUCGGCCAGAACCACUGCCAUUCGGAUCAAACGCCAUCUUCCCCAUACCGGAGCUGGUUCAAGGAUGGCUCAGCCAAAGAGAGAAUAAUCAGCAUUGUUUCCUUUUGCAUCGGUAUCAUCUCCUUAGUUUUCAUCAUUGUCGUUUGCUGGAUCAUGAGGCGCCCGGGGCCUUCCUUCGCCUCACUCGAUGACCAAAUCAGAGAGGAUGAAUUAGAUGGCUAUUACUUCCCCAAGCAGGGCUUCAACUAUCAGGACCUAGUCGAAGCCACGGGGAAUUUCUCCGAAGCAGCUGUCGUUGGGAAGGGCGCCUGUGGCAUUGUCUACAAGGCCGUCAUGGCUGAUGGCGAGAUCAUCGCGGUUAAGAAGCUGAAGUCGCGCGGGGAAGGAGGCGACAGCAGCUUCCGAGCUGAGAUAUCGACUCUAGGGACGAUUAGGCACAAGAACAUCGUGAAACUGUAUGGCUUUUGCUACCAUCAGGACAGCAACCUCAUCUUGUACCACUACAUGCCCAACGGGAGCCUUGGCGAGAUACUCCACGGAGACGAGACAGCGACUAUGUUGGACUGGGACGCGCGCUACAGGAUUGCUCUCGGAGCUGCAGAGGGCCUCUGCUAUCUGCACUACGAUUGCAAGCCUCAGAUCAUACACCGUGACAUCAAGUCCAACAACAUCUUGCUCGAUGAGUAUUUCGAGGCACAUUUAGGCGAUUUCGGCUUGGCUAAGCUGAUGGACUUCACCUACUCCAAAUCCAUGUCUGCUGUUGCUGGAUCAUAUGGAUACAUUGCUCCUGAAUAUGCCUACACAAUGAAGGUGACUGAGAAGUGUGACAUCUACAGUUUUGGAGUGGUUUUAUUAGAGCUAGUGACGGGGAAGUCACCGGUGCAGCCACUGGAGCAGGGCGGGGACCUAGUGACGUGGGUGAGGAGGUCGAUGCACAAGCUGGACACGGCGUCUGAGAUCUUCGAUCAGCGUAUUGAUCUAGGUGCUAAGAGGACUACUAAUGAGAUGUUCUUGGUUCUCAAGAUCGCGUUGUUCUGCACCAGCACGUCGCCUCUGAAUAGGCCGAAUAUGAGGGAAGUGAUCGCCAUGCUCGUUGAUGCGAGGGAAGGAGCGGCGGAUUCGGUCCCAUCCCCAACAUCAGAAACUCCUCUGGAUGGAGAGGAUUAUUGUUGAGGUAGAUUUCUUUAGCAAUGUGUAUGAUUUUGUACUAGUAUUAUUUUGGUAGUUAUUGAGUUUUAUUUAACUUGGUAUAGGAAGAAGAUGGGAGUGUAGGAGGCUGCAACCACUCUUGAUGUUGAAUUGUAAAGGUGGAUUACUAGCUAGAAUCGAUUCAUUGCUAAUAAUAAUUUGAGUCAUUAGUUUCUGAUUUGAUUUAUAUUAACAACAUAGGUUUAUCUGCUAUUGGUGUUUCUAAUUAGCAGAGAGAUUAUUAAUGUCAUUACGCAGCUAAUGUAAUUAUUUAA